UGAUCAGCUUCAACCUUCAUUUGACAAAUUAGGCAUCGGAGCCAACGUCAUUUAACUCUACUCAACUUGUCUUUUGUUGCACGCGCGCACACCAAUCUUCUAAGCAUUUCAUCAUACAAAAAGCAGACAGAGAUUGAGGAUGGCUGGGAUUUUGAAACAGCCAGGUGCAUUUGCAAUCACGCCCCACAAAGUAUCACUCUGCAUACUCCUCAAGAUCUACGCUCCGCCAGCUCAAAUAUCUGUACCCUUCCCUUUCUCUUCCGUUUCUCAGCACAAUCGCCUUGGCUUGUUCCUGUUAGCCCUCACCAAGUCCUGUGAUGAUAUCUUGGAGCCAAAAUUGGAUGAACUCAUCAAUCAACUGAGAAUGAUGAGCCAGAACUGGGAGGCAUCUUGGGUUAUUGAUCAGUUGAUGAGUAGAUUAUCAUCUCUGUCAUCACCUGAUGAUUUGUUUAAUUUUUUCAGUGAUAUACGAGGAAUACUUGGGAGUCCUGAUUCAGGUGCUGUUGAAGAUGACCAGGUUAUUUUGGACCUGAACAGUAACCUGGGGAUAUUUCUUCGUCGUUGUGUACUUGCUUUCAAUUUGCUAUCAUUUGAGGGUGUAUGCCAUCUCUUAACAAACAUUGGGAUCUAUUGUAAAGAAGAAUUCUCAAAUUGUCCUCCUUUUGAAGAACCAAGUUUAGAUGAUUCUAGUAGUAAUCUCGAGACAUAUUCAGAGUAUGAGAACAUGGAGCUGGAGAACUUUGUCUAUGAAAAGGUUUCAGAAGAAACCGAAGCAACAAAGGAGGCUAGUGAAAGAGUUCCAUUCCAUCUUCAUACACCCAACACACUUCUGAGUUUAGUUGAUGAUAUUGACGUGCCUGCUGAUUCAGUAUCCAAACAGAGUGAGAAAGUUAGAGUAGCUAGUCUGUAUGGAGACCCUCCAAGUAACAUGCCACGAGAUAUUGAUUCCAGCGGUGCGGUAUUUCUGCGCACAAACUGGCAGGUGCAAGGGUACUUACAAGAGCAAGCUGAUACCCUUGAAAAGAAUGGUAGUACUGUCUCUUUGAAUGGGUUUGAUAUUAUUCUACGGCAGCUACAAAAGUUGGCUCCUGAACUACAUCGGGUUCACUUUUUGAGUUACUUGAAUGGUCUUGCUCAUGAUGAUUAUAUUGCUGCUUUGGAGAAUCUUCAUUGCUAUUUUGAUUACAGUGCAGGGACUGAAGGAUUUGAUUAUAUUCCUCCAGUUGGUAGUACCUUUGGAAGAUAUGAAAUUGCUUUAUUAUGUUUGGGGAUGAUGCAUUUUCACUUUGGUCAUCCUAAACUGGCUUUAGAGGUUUUGACGGAAGCAGUUCAUGUUUCUCAGCAGCAAAGUAAUGAUACCUGUCUUGCAUACACUUUAGCAGCUAUCUCAAACUUGCUGUCCGAAAAUGGCAUCUCAAGUACAGUUGGGAUACUAGGAUCGUCAUGCUCGCCUUUUACAAGUAUAGGUAUUUCACUAUCUGUUCAGCAACAAUUGUUUGUUCUCUUAAGAGGUUCUUUGAAGAGAGCAGAAAAUUUAAAGUUAAAACGGUUGGUGGCUUCCAAUCAUCUGGCAAUGGCCAAAUUUGACUUAACGCAUGUUCAAAGGCCCUUGCUGUCAUUUGGUCCAAAAUCUUCCAUGAAGCUGAGUACGUGCCCAGUUAACGUUUGCAAGGAACUGAGGUUAAGUUCUCAUCUGAUUAGUGAUUUUAGCUCUGAGAGUUCUGCAAUGACAAUUGAUGGUGCCUUUAGUACAGCUUGGCUUAGGAAUUUACAAAAGCCAAUGGGUUCUCUAGUUUUGUGUCAGGAGAAUGGAUCUGGUAGCAGUUCUAAUGUUUCCCAAUUCUGUGCACAACCAACCUCAAUUCCUGGAUCUGUAUUGCAAGUAUUGGGUUCAUCUUAUAUACUUCGUGCAACUACAUGGGAGUUAUAUGGCAGUACUCCACUGGCGCGCAUAAAUGCUCUUGUGCAUGCAACUUGCUUUGCUGAUGCAUCAAGCUCAUCAGAUGCAGCGUUAGCAUAUGUAAAGCUCAUUCAACAUUUAGCAGUCUUUAAAGGAUACAAAGAGGCUUUUUCUGCCCUUAAAAUAGCUGAAGAGAAGUUUCUAUCUGUCUCAAAAUCACAAAUUUUACUGCUGAAGUUGCAGCUGCUUCAUGAGCAUGCUUUACAUCGUGGACGUUUAAAGCUAGCCCAGAAACUCUGUGAUGAACUUGGUGUUUUGGCAUCACCAGUAACCGGUGUAGAUAUGGAGCUAAAGACAGAAGCAAGCCUUCGCCAAGCUCGUACAUUGCUUGCAGCAAAUCAAUUCCGAGAGGCAGCUACUGUGGCACACUCCCUCUUCUGCAUGUGCUAUAAAUACAAUUUGCAAGUUGAGAAUGCUUCAGUUCUUCUUCUACUUGCCGAAAUUCACAAGAAAUCAGGCAAUGCGGUUCUAGGCCUUCCAUAUGCUUUAGCAAGCCUCUCAUUCUGCCUAUCAUUUAAUUUGGAUCUUCUAAAAGCCUCAGCUACUCUUACUCUAGCUGAGCUGUGGCUCUCUCUUGGAUCAAGCCAUGCAACAAGGGCUCUGAACCUUAUCCACGGAGCUUUCCCAAUGAUUCUUGGUCAUGGUGGUUUGGAGCUCCGCUCACGGGCCUAUAUUGUUGAGGCAAAAUGCUAUCUAUCAGAUAUAAACUUCAACGUCUCCGAAAAUUACAAGAUUGUGAUAGAUUCAUUAAGGCAAGCAUCUGAAGAACUCCAACUUUUGGAGUUUCAUGAAUUGGCGGCUGAAGCUUUCUAUCUGAUGGCUAUGGUAUAUGACAAACUGGGGCAAUUGGAGGAAAGGGAAGAAGCUGCUGCUUCAUUUCAGAAGCAUAUAUUGGCUCUCGACAAUCCACAAGAUCAGGAUGAUCCUUUUGUUAGUAUGUUUUGAAUGUACUAGAUACCCAAUUUUGUUUUAUGGAAGCUUACCAAAUCGUAUACAAUGCUGACCUCGGUACACUAUAAUCUGUAAUUACCAUUCAGUAAUUUAUAGCUGUAAUCAUUUUGUUUCCA